AUGCGUAUCGCGUCAACAUCUUGUCCGUAUCACAAAAAGCGUGUUAGUGUUGAUUAGGAGCAGCCGAGUAAAAGGACCGGUGAGGACCUUAGUGCAAAAUAUGUUCGGAUGUUCACUUGAUGGGUUGAUGUUCACUUGAUCGGUCAUUCAGCUUGAACGUGUAUGUAGUUUAGUUGAAAGGACGAACUUUUGCAUUAGCAUGCCAUACUCAAAUCUUGACUAAUCAGUAGUCAAAGAAAAUUUUUAACUAUGGUUUUAUCGGGUCCUUGGAUGUACAUUGUGGAAGUGGCGUUUGUGAUAGGAGUAUUAGCUAACAUUACGGCCUUAUGUAUUCUGCACAAAACUGCCAAAAGAAGGAACAAAAAGCACUUGUUCCUGUUGAGAUGUUUGGCAACCAACGAUCUAAUGGCUCAAAUUGGAAUGAUUAUUUUAACAAGCCCAAUCCAAAUCGGGCCGCCUUGGGUAACGUGCCCAAUGUUCGUUGUGAUCAGGGCCUUCGCACUUGGGUCUGGAUGCGUUGCUUUUAUUAUGGCUCUCGAAAGGUGGCUGGCACUUACUAAACCAUUUCUGUACCAUCAGUUGAUAACACCGCAGAGAUUAAAAAAAAUUCUGAUAUGCCUUUGGUUAACAGCAGUUACCUUAACAUAUUGUCCAAUUUUCGGUUUUGGUGUGUAUUACGACCCGAAAGAAAAAAAAUGCGUCAGAUUCAGGUUUGCCAAAGAAACGAAAGACAUUGUCUACGCUUAUUUAUUCUCUGCGUUUGGUACAAUUUUAUGUUUCUGCAUAACUUAUUGCAACACAUCGGUUAUUUGCGAAUUAUAUAGAAUUAGAUCUCAACAACGAGUAUUAGUAAGAAGAAUAAGUAGAUCUAUAAUCAACAAAAAACUACAUUCGAGAUACCAAACGCCCGAAGAAGUGGCAUUUGCUAAAUUAAUGGCCUACGUUUGCAUCAUUUUCGUAAUGUGUUGGAUACCAGAAUUGAUGACCGUUCCAAUUGCACAAUUCUACGACAUUAAUCCGAGUGAUACAAAGUUCAAAAAGGUUUUCCUCCUUUGCGACAUGCUUUUGACCAUGUACUUAUUGCUAGAUCCUUUCGUGUACGUCCUACUGGGAUACUUCGAAGGAAGAAUCAACUGCUGUUGCAAAAGAUCUGAUAGUAAUCUCUCUAUACCAUCCAUGAUAAAAACUCAGAAUUCCGAAAUAUCCCUUACAAUUCACAAUGACACGCGAAGUAAUUCCAAACCGGAAGAUGGUUUAAUUGCUUUGGAAACUUUUAACACCUCUUGAAUAUGUUCAAGGUUCAUGGAAAUUUGAGAAAAAUAGAGAGAUUUUAGAAAUCAUUUCGUAAUUAAUUGUUGUAAGUAAGUAAAAAGAAUAUAAAUUAGGUAAACACAAAUUAGUAAAUAUGUUUGUAACCAUAUUGGUGUGGAUCUAAUGGAUAUAUUAGUCGUAAAAAUGUACUGAACCCUUCUCGUAAAAUUUGUACUCAAAUGUCUUGGUGUAGUAAAUGCAAAAAUGUUCAUGUUAAUUAGGAAUUGUAUACGAGAAUGUAAAAUAUAACACAUAUUUUUUUCGAA